AUGACUCAAACAAAUCGUCCCAGUGUUCCGACUCCCCAACAACAAGAAUCACGAUCAAGUUUCGCGAUUCAAGCGUCGUUUCAAGAAUUCAAAGGCUAUGUGCAGAAUCGUCUUGCGACAGUUGAGCGAGACUUUCAUUUGAUCUCGUUUUUCCGGCGUGAUGAACAGAUUGCGGUUGAGGAGAGACAAUUGAGAAUUGAGAGACGACAAGAUGCGAGGGUGAAUAAAUUGGAGCAGGAGCUGAAAGUGGUCAAUAAGAAGUGUAAGUGUAACAUAUUUUAUUUUCACAUGAAUAAUAUAUUUAGUGGAAGAGCAACGUCUGGAGUUAGCCGAACUCAACGCCAAAUUCAACGAACUCCAUGUCAAUAAAAAUUAA